AUUUUCAGUAAUAAAGUAAAGAAAAAUCAAGUAGCACUUAGUAUUAUAAUUCCUCAAGAGUGUUAGCACUUGUCACUGUUCUCUUAAAAUCACUUUGAUUUUGUUUAAAAUAAGUUAAGAAGUUUGUUCAUAUGUUAAUCUGAAAAUACUCAUCAAGAUUGUGAUUCUCAUUUGAAUUGAUUAAUUAAUUAAGUUAGGAAAAAAUGGCUGGUGGAGGAUUCACAGAUGGUGGAACCCUCAAGAGGGCUCAUCUUUAUGAGCAUAAGAUUACUUCAUAUCUCAUAUUUUCUUGCAUCAUUGGAGCUCUUGGUGGCUCUCUAUUUGGCUAUGAUUUAGGUGUUUCUGGAGGAGUUACCUCUAUGGACGAUUUCCUCGUAGAAUUCUUCCCUCAUGUGUAUGAGAGGAAGCAUGCAGAACUUCAAGAAACAGAUUAUUGUAAAUAUGAUGAUCAAAUAUUGACACUAUUUACUUCAUCUCUCUACUUUGCUGCUCUUGUGUCAACAUUUGGUGCUUCAAGUCUAACAAAAAACAAAGGCAGAAAAGCAAGUAUCUUAGUUGGUUCUGUAAGUUUCUUUAUAGGAGCUGUUCUCAAUGCAGGUGCUAAGAAUAUUUCAAUGUUGAUCGUUGGACGUGUCCUUCUCGGAAUCGGUAUUGGAUUUGGAAAUCAAGCUGUUCCCCUAUAUCUAUCAGAAAUGGCACCUGCAAAAAUUAGAGGAGCAGUGAACCAACUCUUCCAAUUAACAACAUGCUUAGGAAUUUUGAUUGCUAACCUUGUGAAUUAUGCUACUGAGAAACUUCAUCCUUGGGGAUGGAGAUUAUCCCUAGGUUUAGCAACCGUUCCAGCAACAUUCAUGUUCGUUGGAGGUUGCUUUUGUCCCGAAACACCAAACAGUCUUGUCGAACAAGGACGAAUCGACGAGGGAAGAUUAGUUUUAGAGAAGAUCAGAGGAACUAGAAAUGUUGAUGCUGAAUUUGAUGAUCUUCUUGAGGCUAGCAGAGAAGCAAAAUCUAUUAAGAAUCCGUUUCAGAAUCUGCUUUUGAGAAAGAAUAGACCUCAGUUCAUAAUUGGUGCAUUGUGUAUUCCAGCAUUUCAACAGUUGACAGGAAACAACUCCAUUCUGUUCUAUGCUCCUGUCAUUUUCCAAACAAUAGGAUUUGGAUCUGGUGCAUCUUUGUAUUCAUCUGUUAUUACAAGUGUAGCACUUGUUCUUGCCACACUCAUCUCAAUGGCUUUUGUUGACAAGUUUGGUAGGAGAGCUUUCUUUUUGGAAGCUGGUGUUGAAAUGGUGAUAUGCAUGCUUGCUACAGCUAUAGUUUUGGCUGUUUCAUUUGGAAAAGGAAAAACACUGUCAUUUGAGGUUGCGAUCUUUCUAGUUAUCGAGAUUUUCUUGUUUGUUCUGGCAUACGGAAGAUCUUGGGGUCCCUUAGGAUGGUUAGUUCCUAGUGAGCUCUUUCCAUUGGAGAUAAGGUCAGCUGCACAGAGUGUUGUGGUGUGUGUCAACAUGAUCUUCACAGCCAUUGUGGCACAGUUCUUCCUCGUGUCACUUUGUCACCUCAAAUACGGAAUCUUCUUGCUGUUUGCUGCAUUGAUUACCCUCAUGAGCUGCUUUGUCUACUACUUUUUGCCAGAAACCAAACAAGUUCCAAUUGAAGAGAUUUAUCUUCUGUUUGAGAGGCACUGGUUUUGGAAGAAAAUAGUAAAAGAUGAAGGCAGCACUUCUGGAACAAGUGUAUAACUCAAGAUCUUUGAAUCUUGUUCCUUCUGAGUUUUUCAUUUCAUAGGCAAAUGUUACUAGUAAAGUUAGGGGGAGGGGGAAUUUGUUAGCAGCAAAGAUCAAAUCUUGUACCUCCUUAAUAACCCUUCGGGGCUCGCCUCGGCGACUUGUUCCUUCUGAUUUUAUAUGGAAGAGUUUUGCAAUUUUCAU